UCUCCUCCCCUGUGACCUCCUCCUCUUCCCUCUCCACCUCUUCCUCCUCCCUCCUCGAACACGCUCGUGAUGUGGCCGUGCGACUGCAGCCAUUUCCUUGCCAAGUACACACACCAUCAUUUGGUCGUGUUCCUACUGACCUUCUUCAGCUAUGUGCUGCUGCACUCCUCCAGGAAGACGUUCAGUAAUGUGAAAGUCAGCAUCUCCUCACAAUGGACGCCCUCCAUCACCAACUCCUCCAUACCUUACUCACCCGGAGAGACAUGGGAGGAGAAUCGCUUGUUUGGAGACACACAGGAGGCCACUCUGUUCCUGGGACUCCUAGACACAAUAUUUCUCUUCUCAUACGCAGUGGGUCUCUACAUCAGUGGAAUUGUGGGGGAUCGGCUCAACCUGAGAUACGUCCUCACUUUUGGCCUUUGCGGCUCAGCAAUAGUGGAGUUUGUGUUUGGGACGGUAACAGAGUGGUUGAAGCUGUAUAAUGUCUACCUGUACUGUGGCCUGUGGGUGUGUAACGGUCUACUCCAGUCUACCGUCUGGCCCUGUGUAGUAGCCGUCAUGGGCAACUGGUUUGGACACUCAGGGAGUGGCUUCAUCUUUGGGCUGUGGAGCGCCUGUGCCUCAGUAGGAAACAUCCUGGGAGCCUUUCUAGCCUCCAGCGUCCUCAAAUACGGAUACGAGUAUGCGUUCCUGUUGACGUCGUCAGUGCAGUUUGCUGGAGGUGUGGUGGUCUUCUUCGGACUCCUGACAUCACCAAAGGAAGUCGGGUUGAGUCUGGAUGCGGAUACGGGUCUGCAUGAGGUGGGAGACACAGACAGCCAGCGGCCUCUGAUGAGUGAUGAAGAGGGGGAUGAAGAGGAAGAGGAGGAGAGAGAGAAAGGAGGAGUGGAGGGGGAGGGGCAAGCAGAGCCCCCGCCCCCUGCCAUAGGCUUCCUACAGGCGUUCUGUCUGCCGGGUGUCAUUCCAUAUUCGCUAGCGUACGCGUGUUUGAAGAUGGUCAACUACUCCUUCUUCUUCUGGCUGCCGUUCUACCUGAGCAACAACUUCAACUGGAAAGAGGUCGAGGCGGACCGGCUAUCAGUCUGGUAUGACGUGGGAGGAAUCAUAGGUGGCACUCUACAGGGCUUGCUGUCGGACGUCCUGGGGAAGAGGUCUCCUGUAAUAGCACUCAGCCUCCUGAUGGCCAUGGGGGCGCUAGUGGGCUACAGCCAUUCUCCAGAUGAUCAGGUGGUGAACGGCGCACUAUUGGCCACUACAGGGUUCUUCAUCGGCGGGCUGUCUAACAUGAUCUCGUCGGCCAUCUCUGCGGAUCUGGGCCGCCAGGAUGCGCUGCAGGGCCAACAGGAAGCACUUGCCACCGUCACCGGCAUCGUGGACGGGACAGGAAGCAUCGGGGCCGCCGCGGGACAGUAUCUGGUGUCUCUGAUCGAGAGCAAGUGGAACUGGAUGGUUGUCUUCUACUUCUUUGUUGUCAUGACAGGGGGCAGUAUACUGUUCAUCAUGCCCCUGCUGAUUCGGGAGCUGCGUUCCAUGUGUAGAGACCGCCAGGCCCAGGCCCACCAGCUGUGACACGCUCUCUUCUUAACAACACCAUGGUAACAGCGGUGCCGAGACAACAGGUCUCCACGGCAACACAUCAGUCAUCGAAACAUGAUGUGUCUCCAUGACAACACAACACUGAGACACUAGGUCUCCACGGCAACACAUCAAUCACCAAGACAAUGGUUGUCCGUGACAACACAUCACUAAGACAAUUCGUAUCCACGGCAACACAUGAAUCACCAAGAACGACGCCUCUCUAUGGCAACUCCACGCCAUAUCACACCACACCUUAGCGACGCCACACCAUGUCACGCCACAGUGGUAACUCAACGUGGUCACGCCAAAGUGGCAACACCAAAGUUAGCAACACCACACCACAUCACGCCACACCUUAGCAUGCCACACUAUAGCCACCAUGCUCCACAAUCGCAGUACUGUAUUUAGGGAAGGGAUGAAGGAACGAAGGGACCCUCGGCAAAAAAAAAAUGUUUAGGACCCACCCACUCCCCAAAAGAGGGGAUGGGGACUGUUCAUUUCUCCUGGACCCUGAAUGCCUUUUAUGUAUUUUAUUUUAAACUGACAUAGGUACACUAUGCUACCUAGUACGAGAGUCCGCCAGUAGAAUGGGCUGAGGAGUAGACAGGGUGUAGGCCUGUGCAGUAAUCUGUCAUUAAGAGGGAGGCUCUCUGGCUCCCUGGGCCAGGGCCCAGUUGGCCCAUUAAUGCAGUAAUCAGUCCUGCAAAAUCACCCUGGGUCAACGCCACACUGUAGCAAUGAUGCAUUGUGCCAGUUCAAUCUUCAGUUCAAGUGACUUCUUGCAAGGAGCCACUAGAUGAUGAAAAAAUAUAUAUAUAUAUUUGUGUGUGUGCUCUCUUCUGCGAUUCAUAAUAGAUUGUGAGUGGGGAAAUCCAGAAGUGGUGGUGGGAGAAAGGCGCUUUGUCUGGAAAUGAAUGUCUUAACGCCUGGUUAGGAAUUCUAGUUCCAGAAGUUCUCCCCCUUUCGAUCAGGCCACUCCUCCACCUCCACAUUAGCUAAACGACAGGCUAAGCAGAGCCAAGUACUGUAUGUUACACCUGUUAGCAUACAUGUAUAUGCUAAUCAUUAUGCAGAUCUGCUACUAUAUAUUUGCACUAGCUCCUGUGCCAACCCCAUGGGGCACCUAAGGCAUGCCCUCUACUUCCUGGUUCAUGGGGCAGAGGGAGUCAAAAAAUAAUUACUGGGCUUGAAAUGAGUGGUUUUUCGACAACAAUCCAAACCUUGGACCUCCACUUAUGCACCACAAGUCCACCACGACUCGCCUCGUUCACUUCCAUUCAUUUUUUUGCAACUGUCUGCCCCAUGAACCAGGAAGUAGAGGGCGUGACUUAGGUGCCCCAUAGCCACUAUUGUACAGCCAUGUUAGCCACCUUAGCCAGUACAGACGUAGAGGCCAUGUGCCCACUUCAUCUUUGCAACAUUAUUUUGUCAUACAACAACAAAAAACAUCAGUUAAUAUGUUACGUAAAACAUUUGUGCAAGGACAUCUAUUUUGUUCUUAAUUUUUAAGUGAUCUUAAGUGUCUUUAAGUAAAUAUUCAUUUCUGUUCAGUGGCCUGUUGGGGGUUGGUCUUUCCUUAUCUUUGUGCUCAUAAUGACUGGCUGUUUUAAAGCUAGCGAGCUUAACUUGACGUCAAAUUAGACUGAACCUCCUAUGAAUAUGUGAAUUCUACGGUGGCCAAAUCCUAAUAAGCCCAAUAUCAGCAGACAUCCCUGUCUGUAAGCCACACAUGUUUGACUGACGUGCACACACACACACACACACACACACACACACACACACACACACACACACACACACACACACACACACACACACACACACACAAAUGUGCGUGCGCACACACACACCGUACUGUACUAGAUUGUACAACCCCAGACAUCCCCUAAAUGCAUGAUCAUCUCCGAAACCCUCUGUGCUCAUCGUCAAUGGGGAAUCUCAAACCCACACACAGACACAGAGACAAGAGCCUGUCUGCACAAAGUGCACACACAGUUUUCUUCAAACGUUUCUUAAAUUGUUUUGUUCUUUUUUCAGCUUUGUUUUUAAAAUGAUUUGUUACUGGUACGAAAUGAUGCUUGUUUUAUACGUCCUGAUGAUUGCGCUGCUCGGGUCUUACGUUGUAGUACUUGAUUAAUUGAAUGUUUGUAAAUGACGAUGUAUAUGUAUGUAAUUAUUAUGUACUGUAUAUGAACGUGUACAUGUAAUGAUGUCUUUAUGUACAUGAUGCCAAGCGAUGGUGGUACCUCCAACACUCAGGGAUGUUGGGAGAGGGAAGGGCAAUGCUAUGCUAUGCUAUGCUCUGUGAAGGGCAAUGCUAUGCUAUGCUAUGGUAUGCUACGCUAUGGGAAGGGCAAUGCUAUACUAUGCUAUGCUAUGCUAUGCUAUGGGAAGGGCAAUGCUAUUCUAUGCUAUGCCAUGCUAUGGGAAGGCCAAUGCUAUGGUAUGUUAUGCUAUGGGAAGGGCAAUGCUAUGCUAGACUAUGCUAGUGCAGAGGUGGGAAACCUUUCUCAGUCGAAGGGCCACUUCAUAGUAACACAUCACGAUUUGGUCAUUGCCAUUCUGGUAACAGCUAAUUUAUAACUGGGGUAGUGUCUUAAGGAGGUUAAACGAUACUUUUUAAUACUGACUGAAUGACUGACACUCAGUGUGCCCUCCUCCCAUAUCGGAAUUAUAUUACUUAUUGGUUAGCAUUAGUAAAUAUUAGCGUAUUAUCAUUGGGUUAGCAUAAGCCUUUAUUAGCAUACUGUCAUUGGUCCGCAAUAGAGUCCUAGAUCACCUUUUACAGCAUUACCGCUAGCUAUGUUGGUGGUUGUUUCCAUUGUCAUAUUACAGUUAGCCUGUGCUAGCCCAGCAUUGCUCUGUAUUAGCAUUAGCCCCUGAAGAGAGACGGUGGCCUGAUUGUGUUUCCUGUUUACAACGGGUCGGUUUCCUGUGAGCGCUUUAAAUCAAGAGAAUGUUGACCUGUGGACUUUUACUUUUAAGUUUUUUUUUCAACAAGAUCUUACCUUU